AUGUAUGGUCCUGGUGAUCCCACCAAAAUCACCGGCCUUCCCCUCUCCAAGAAGGACGUCGUCCGCAAGGCCAAGGAUCGCUUCCCCACCAUUCACGCAGAGCGGCGAGGCCCUUGCGUGAAGCGUGCGCUUGAUUCUGCCGCCAGUGCUGCUAGCAAGAAGGCCACCAGCCUGCUCGGCCGGAUCACCAAGUUUCAGCGCGAGGGCAGGGAGCUGGGGCAUCUUCUGCCCUACGCAGAGAAGUGGAACGCCGCGGAUAUGACCCCGGCAACCUGCGGCAUCGGCAAGGACAGGAUGCCGGCACCUGAUCCUGCCGAGCUGGAGGAGGCCGCCAAAGCGCUGAAAGCUGUCGAGGAUAAGGCCGCGCGGCUGGAGGCGGAGCGGAAGGAAUAUGACCGGCUAAUCACGCAAACUGACGCGCAUGCCUUCCCCACCCAGCUCUUCAGGACUCUGUGGCCUGGCGAAGUGGUGCCAGAUACCUUCACCUUGAUCAGCGACCGCCUCAAGGGUGCCGGCAGGAGGAUCCGCGAAUGGCAGUGCUCCGCUGCCCGCACUGGGGCAGACUCCGCACUCCACGUCGCCUGCUCUUGCGAUUUAAGCAUGUGGACCGUCGGAUCUUUCCAUCAGGCACAUCCCGUCCACUACUCGUGGGUCCCACCUUUGGCCGGGUCCACUCGUCGGUCGCUGCGGCUGGGAGUUGGUUUGGUCAGGCGUGGCAUUAGCCAGUGGAAAAGAUCUCCACCAGGGGCAAUUUUGGGUUUUCCUCCUCCCAGUCUGAGACAAAACCAGAGAAUCCCACAACAAACCCUACCCAUUCGUCCUCCUCUCUCCUCACGCACCACCCUCCGCAUCCCGCCGCCGCCCGUGCCCUGGCUCCUCUUCUGCGCCGGCGCCGGCGCCCCUGCCUCCUCCUCUGCGCCGCCGCCCCCGCUCUGCCUCCUCCCGUGCUCAACGCCAGCUCGCCCAUCCCUGGUCCUCCCCGUCGAGCUUGCCGCCGCCAAGGCCGCCGCUGCUCCUCCUCCCCGCCCUCCGUCGGCAUUGGAGACAACGGCGAGGUUUGGAGCAGCGGGGGACUUCGUGCCUCUUCUGAGCUGCUUGGUGUGGAGUCCGUGGUUGAGCUCCUCUCCAUCAUCCUCUUGUCUGAGGCCACCAAGGUCGUCCUCAUCCUCCCCAACCACGACCAGACAAGGUCCCCCGCUUCCUUCUUCUCUUGGCUGGCCAGCCCUGUCUCAUCCAGAGCCUGCUGAGGGGAGAGAAGGACAUGCUCUGCAACCUCCAUCCCUGGCCCCUCUACAUGGAGCUGCGGCCAGCCAGGUUCAUCUUCCUGUGGCCCAUCUCUCCACCUCCCCUUUGCUGAUUCGAGAUAUGUUUUGUAUCUAUGCAUAUGAACUGUUUGAGGAAAUGUCUAAGCAGGCUGCAUAUGUACUGUUUGAGGAAAUGUAUAAGCAGGCUGCAGAUAGAGGAGGGCCAUCAAUAUCUUUGAGAGAAGCUGGUGCCAUUGAGAAGCAUCUUUGAGAGAAGCAGGCACUGUAGAGAACAUGUACUUUACAUUGGGUGAGAAAUUUAUUCUUGUGCGGGAUUGUGCAGAUUGUGACAUUUAUCUAGGUUCAUCUCUGAAAUCAAGUUAUAACUCAGAUCUCAUUCUACAUGAGCUACCGUGAAUUUUAUCCUUUCGCACUUUAGGUUGUUGCUAUAUGGAAGUUGGUUGAGAUUUCCUGUCACAAUUCCAUGAACAUUUUUUCUUGCCUCCAUUAAUCAUAGAGAUCUUGGUUCAUAAACUGUUUAUUUGUUAUUGGAACUACAAUUUGUUGAUUUUCUGUCCAUCAAAUUUCUAAUUAUGAUACUGUAUAUAAUUUUUCAAAUAAAUUUAUGUGGUAUUGUGAGAAGAUGAAGCUGAAUAUUUCUAGACGUGUAUUUUGGAAUUCUAGAUCUGUCCCACAUGGCAAUCUUUUAAAUAGGUAGUUUUAAAGAUGACAACCGACAAGAAGAGUCACUUCUACCUUGCAAUAUUGAGCUCAGAUAUGAUGCAUAUUUGACUCGGUAAUCUGUGUGCUUAUAUGCAACUUUGAAGUUUUAUUUUGUAGCCUGAAGGUGCUACUACAAAAGUGUGGCUUGAGUACAAAAAAUGCAUUCUUUGGGAGAGCCCCCGCAGGUGCAUAUUUAUUUGUUGGUUUACAUCAAACCCCAUCGAAACCAUGUUUAGACCCAUGUUUAGUUUUAUGCUUUUCAUAUUUCAAGAAGCGGGUAGUGGCUAAAAACUAGCUGUAGCAGGUAAUGGCUUAAAAUAUCACUGUGUAUGUGGAAACUAUUAUUUUUCUUACGAAUUUUAUAUGUAUAUCUUCGCUCGGUUAUGCAGGUUGCUUACUACUAUUUUCCAUUUUAUGCUCGUAUUUAUUGAGUCAAAUUGACACAAAGAUUUGUGGUUAUCAUGCAAAUCGAUUGCUGUCAGGUGAGCAUUACAUGUUUACAGUAUGCACCAAAUCAGUGACAUGGUCUAAAUUCAAUCUACAUAUGGUCCUCAGGUAAUUAAAGCAGAGAUUGGUUGCUUGACUAUAAAAGAUGACAAGAUUGAUUCAAAAGUUGUACAUGAUCAGCUUUGUUAUGACUUUGUGUGAUUGCUUUCCGCCUUAUGGUUGCAGUUAGAGUUUGUUUUCGUGUUGGAGAAAAUUAAAGACACUGAUUUUGAUCUAUGUGCUUUCACUAGGCUAUUAAAGGUGCACCCGUGCAGCAGGAUGUUAUGGUUCUAGGGAAGGGCUGGCAACAUAGUGGAGGAGGUAUGGCCCUGCAAAUGAGAUGGCAUGUCUCUUGGUGAGGUAGUCCCAAUAUUCAGGAGAGCAUCUUUUUUGUUUCUCCAUCUUCAAGUGACCUUUCUAUGAUUCAGUUUUGUUUCUCCAUUUUGCUCCUUCGUCCGAGCUGUUGUUGUUUGUCUCACAAUCUUCAAGGACCGCUGCCAGAAGAGAAGUUAUGUGUGAAGGCGGCUUCUUGAUAAUAAUGUUUUACCUCAGGGUAUGCUGGCCUUCUUUUCGAUCAAUGACAUCAAGGUUCAGAG